AUGUCGUCUGCGUUGGUCAAGGUCAGUCGGUUCAUCUUCCUCGUCCUCACCAUUACCUUCUUCAUCAUUACCUUCUUCUUCAUCGUCGCCCAAAACCCACCGUUGAUGACGCCCUAUAAUGAUACAAACACCAGCAGAACAUACCACGCCGUCGACAGACAGACCACGAACAGCCGAAGCAGCAACACAACAUCAAAAAAUAAGACACCAAUGGAGCGCUUCGAGGCCGAGUCUUUUACCAACGGGCCAUGGCAUGCUAUCGAUGGGGUGUCUCACUCUGGUCCUGGAUCGACCUGA